AUGCCUUCUCAACCCCCACUACCGCCCCUCCUCGCGCCAUAUGUGACAUUAUUGCCUGAAUCAUCUCUGACACUAGCCUCUUCUAUCCUCGGUGCAACUUCGAAUUGGCUAGUACUGAGGUUCUUGCAUGCUGCCCUAAGCUCGCCAAGCCUGAAUCCGGCAUUCGGCGCAGAUGAAACGCAAACUGGGAUCAAGAAGAAAGUGGUACUAGUCAGCUUUUUGCGGAGUUUUGAUUUCUGGAAGACAGAGGCAAAGCGAUUGGGCCUCGAUCUUGGACGUUUGGCAGAAAAGCAGCAAUUUGCAUUCAUAGAUGGUUUAUCUGAGCUAUUCUAUGCACCAGACGCAUCCACUCCUAAUACCUCCCCGGCUGGUCUUGGGAGCAGUCCACGCACAACUCUUCCACUCCGCUCUCCGCCAGGGGUUAUGCCUGGAAGGGGUCCACCACCAGCGGCGGCACCCCCGAGAGGGAACAUAAGUGUGACGCGAGCCCAGGCAGAGCCGGGCAUUGCCAAAAAGCUGCAUUUUACUGGUCGUGGUCUCGCAGCUCUCGAUCUAAUUGAGAAAAAUAUCAUUGCCGUUAUUGAACAGCAAAAGUCUUCAGUGGAGGAAAUUGAUGAGCUAGUUCUCAUUUUAGACCAGCCUGACCUACUGCUUGCUGCGACGGGACCAACUAUGGGUAUUGGAGCGACAGAGAUAGCAGAGUGGGUCACAGGGCUACAGCAGCAUGCACACGCUACGGUUUUAACGCUGGCUACAGAUGCCCCGCUCAUACACAAUGCAUCUGUAUCAGCAGGACAGCCGGCUACGCCGAUUGAGACGGAACAUGCGACAUUCGCUAUUGGGCUGGCGCAUCGGGCUAGGUCGGUAAUGCAACUCCGCACUCUGGAGACUGGGGCCGCGAAAGAUGUGAGUGGGGUGCUCAGGAUCAGUCGAGGCGGCGGAUGGAGUGCCGGCGAGGAAGAAAGCUGGGAGGAGAAGGAAGUCCUCUACUUCAUUCAACGGGAUGGCGGCGUCAGCGUGUUUGGUCGUGGGGAAUCAUAA